GCACUGGGGCCGAGCACGCAAGAUGGCGGCCGGGUGCGUCUCACGCUGGCUGGCGGAGGCGGCAACCGCUGCCGGGAGCUGCCGGGCGGGCGGCGGGGAGCCGCGGCGUUUGGCGCUGGUGUUGGCUUUUGCCCGCUGGCGGAGCGUGGCCCCCGUCGCCUCUCGCGCGGCCCUGGCGCCGCGGAUGGGAAACCGCUCCGGAAUCCGACCGCUUCCUCUCGUCUGGGCGGCCUCGAUUCACACCAGCGCCUCGAGCAGCAGCAAAGAGGAUUAUUACCAGAUCCUGGGAGUGCCUCGCAGCGCCAGCCAGAAGGAGAUCAAGAAGGCCUAUUACCAGCUUGCCAAGAAGUAUCAUCCUGACACCAAUAAGGAUGACCCUAAAGCAAAAGAGAAGUUUUCUCAAUUGGCUGAGGCGUACGAGGUCUUGGGAGAUGAAGUAAAGCGGAAGCAGUAUGAUACUUAUGGUACAGCGGACUUUGGCUUUGGCUCUGGCUCAGCAGGUUCCGGGCAGCAGUACAGACACACUGGCCCAACUAUUGACCCUGAGGAGCUGUUCAGGAAGAUCUUUGGGGAGUUCUCGCAGUCCCCUUUUGGAGACUUUAGCACCGUCUUUGACCAGCCCCAGGAGUACAUCAUGGAUCUGACAUUCAGCCAGGCGGCAAAGGGCGUCAACAAGGAGAUCAUGGUGCAGAUCAAUGACACCUGCCAGCGCUGUGGUGGCAGAGGGCAUGAACCGGGCACCAGAGUAGUGCAUUGCUCCUACUGCAACGGGACUGGCACAGAGACGAUCAACACAGGCCCGUUUGUCAUGCGUUCGACGUGUCGGCGGUGUGGUGGGCGGGGUUCAGUUGUAACUAACCCAUGUGUGAUUUGUCGUGGCUCUGGCCAAACCAAGCAGAAGAAGACAGUGAUGGUCCCGGUCCCAGCAGGUGUGGAGGAUGGGCAGACCGUUCGGAUGCCUGUUGGAAGGAAAGAAAUUUUCAUUACUUUCAGGGUUCAGAAAAGCCCCGUGUUCCGGAGAGACGGUGCUGAUAUCCACUCUGACCUCUUCAUCUCCAUAGCACAAGCUGUUCUUGGAGGGACAGCAAGGUCGCCCGGCCUAUAUGAGACAAUCAACGUUAUGAUCCCCCCUGGCAUCCAGGCUGACCAGAGGAUUCGGAUGAGCGGGAAGGGAAUUCCCAGAGUGAACAGCUACGGUUAUGGAGACCACUACAUUCAUAUCAAGGUCAAAGUUCCCAAGAGGCUGACUGAUCGCCAGCGAGCCUUGAUGCUGAGCUAUGCAGAAGAUGAAACUGAUGUAGAAGGGACUGUGAAUGGCAUCGCCAGCACAACCACUGGUGGCAGGGGCACGACUAGCACAGGGGCAGGCGAGGAGAGGCCUGAGGCAGGGGACGGCACAGAGGGAUUCCUAGCUAAACUUAAGAAAAUGUUUAGCUUCUGAUUAACUGCACCAGAGGUAAACGUUCCACUGGAAACUAGAUGAUGGGGCAGUAGCAGUCUGGAAGGCGUGAUGCCAGUAGCUUUGGAACUGAAGACAGACACACGUUGAAGGUCCAUGGCCCGAUGGCUCCAUUGAAGGAAGGAGGCCUCUCCUCUAGAUGUUAGAUUGCAGCGUUUUCAACCGGGUGGGGAGGGGGGUGGAGUUGUGAAAGGUUCUUGGUCUUCCUGGACUUGUUUCUCUCUGAACAGAGCAGACUGCUGGGUGGGUGAGGGUCCUGAGGAGCAAAAAUAAAGUGUACCUUGUGCCGA